ACACGAUAUUUUAUUACUUAAUAAAAUUAUUAUUAUUUACAUUUUUAUAAUUUUAAAACACCUAUUUUAUUGACAUACUUAAAUACUGUUACUGGUUACUGCUACUACUAUCAUUUUUAAUACGUAUUUAAACUGAAUCAGAAUUUCAGAACGAUAAUUCACAAAUUCACAAUGAAUUCAACCUCGGACCUACUCAUAAAAAACCUAAAACCGUUACCAAUUCGCAAUCCAUUUGGUCGAGUAAAAAAAAUGGGUGUAGACAUCGACAGUGUUAUAAGCGAAAUAAAAUUUGAUCAAAAGUUAAUAAGUGUGUUUAACACGUAUAACAAGUAUAUAAAUUUUCGGUUUGACUAUGUUAUUAGAACAAGUAUUACUCAGUUACCUGACGAAUUGAAUCAUAAUGUCAAUAAUUCUGAAUUUGAUUCAAACCAACAAAUUUUACUAGAUUGUAUAAAUAGUAAUAAUAGUUUAGAUAAUGUUACAAAAUUGCGAGAAGAAUUAAAAACUUUAACAACAGAAGUAAAUUUAAAAAGAAAAGAAUUGAGUAUAAUUACUAUUAAUGAGGAUGGAUUAAAAAAAAAUAUUAAACAUUUAGAAGAUAUUAUAUCAAUAAAGAAAAAUUUUAUUAGCGACACUGCCAGCUAUGCAGAAAUCAGAUGCAAUGCUAAAGAAAAAAUUCAAAAAGAGUACAAUAGAAUAAAUAAAAAAUAUAUUAAAAUUUUAAGUCAAUUAAAUAAGUCAAAUAAAAUAACAAAAUCAAAUUAUAGUAAUGAAACUAGUAAAGAUAUGAAUUACGGGGAGCGAACAAAUAAUAGACUAUUACGAUAUGAAGAAAAAAUAAAAAAAAUGGAUGAUAUUAUAAAAAUAGCCAGUGAUAGUGCGGAAAAAUUACUACAAUAUCAAAUUGCUUUAAAAACUUCUAAUGAUCGUUUAAAAAUAUUUAAUGACCUAUUAAAUAACCAAAUAAAAAAUAAACAAGAUGUUUCAUUACUAUUAAUACAAAAUGAAAAGAGAAUUAAUCAAUUGAAAAAUAAUUUAUCUAAUUUGGGAGUGUUAUCAAGCAUAGAAAAAAGCAGAGUCCAUGUAUCAUCAAAUUUAAUUGGAAAUGAUAAUUUAAAAAAAGAAUUUUUGGAUUUACAAAACAUGAGAAACGAAAUUUUAAGCUCACGUCCUAGAGGAAUGUUUAAUCUUAAAUAUCAAAAAGAAAAUAAUGUGUUCAAAGAAGAUAUUCGAAAAUAUUUAGAAAAUGAUGAAGCAAUUAAUUCAAUAGAUUAUUUAAUUGAAUUAAAAAAUAAUAUGUGCAAUAAUAAUAUAAAUUUAUUAAAUUUCAUUCAAACGAAUUCAAAUGAAACAAAAAUUUUCUGGAAAUGUCUAUCAACAUUAAAUAUAGAUGACCUUAAAAAAUUGUUGGUGCAUUAUUUUAUUAAAGUUGUGGAUUUAAAAGAGUCUGGGCGAGAAAAUGAUGAAUUAAUAUCUAAACUUGAUGCAAUAAAUGAUAGACAAAGGCAUACUAUUGUAUCUUUAAAUAACAAUUAUCAAGAAUUCCAUUUGUCAAUUGAAAAAAAAUUCAUGGAAUUAAAAAAAUAUUAUCAAGCAAAAGUUAAUAUGUUAUUCCAACUAGUUCAAGAAGAAAAUAAUGCUAUUACUAUGUUUAAAAUGAGACAAGAAAUCAUAGGACUUAAAAAGAAAAUAAUUGAAUUGGAGAAGUUAAAAAUAGUAAAACCCAAGGACACUUCAGUGAUUCCAGAACCCCAUAUCUGUCUAAAUCUUUUAGAGGCAUCAAAAUCAGAAUCCGAAACUAUGUCAUCUGCCAAAGUAAUAUACCAUAAAAAUAAACUGAAGAUACAAAAAAAUAAAUCCAAAUUAAUUUGACAUAGAUUUUAAAACAGAAAAUAUAUAGCUGUGUUACUUGUAUUAAUUGUAUUACUAUUUGUAUUACUUACUUGUACUAAAAAGUAUAGAUAUUCUUGAGCUUUAGCUUGCAUUUUAACUUCAAUUCUUUUUCUAUUUGGGUUUAAAAUUUCUAUACCACAAAACAUUUGAAACUGCACUAUAAUAUAGAUUAUUAGUAAGGCUCGGAUUUAUAUGUAUUAAAAAAAUCAAAAUAUAUAAAUGUACAUUUAAUAAAAAUCACUUUAUACAUGACAAAAAAAAAUUAACUUGGAGAUUAGAAUAUCCUUAUGUAUAAAAGCACAGCAAAAACUGUAAUUAAAUGAAUUUUUAUUGUCUGUAAAAGUAGUAUGUUGUUUUAAUUUUUGUUUUCUUAUUUUACUCUCUUUAUGUUUGGCGAUCCUUAUAUGUUGUAUUACUAAAAAACAUUCAAUAGAAACAGAUUUUUCACUUUAAUAUAAAUCUCAUAAUUGCUUUUAAAAUGUUCAUUAGGAAAUUCUUGAAGAUUUUUUUUAGCUUUUCCAUACUAGGAUGCUAAUACUUUCGGCAUGAUUUAAAUACAAACAUUCGAAAUUACACAUCUAAAUAUGAUUCUAAGAAUAAUUAGAUACAUAUGUGAUACCUUCGUUAAUAUAUUUAUACUGUCUCAUUGCCAGUACUUCGAGUACAAACGUUAUUAAUAAAAUAAUAAAUAACAAUCAAUCAUUUAUUGGAACUCUAACUCGUUUCGACCAUAUAUUAGGUUCAAUAAUAAUUAUUGAAAAAAUAAACAAAAUACCAAUUAUUGGUAUUUUGUUUACGUACUUUUGGAAACACAGAAAAUUGCAUACUAAAUUAAAAAUAAAUAACUAAUUAUCUCAAGAUGUAGGA